CAAGAGGUGAAAACAAUCUUCAAGAAGGUGUUUAUCUUUAUCCAAUAUGCAUUGGGUGGCAAACAGCUUUGGAAAUCAAUAACAAAUGUUUUUAUACUCAAGUUCUUGAAGGAAAUAAACAACAUAAGAACUAUUCUGGAUAUCAAUGUCAAUCAGAACUAAAGUUUAGUAAUAUUGAAAGUUCACCUAGUCCUGCUAUUACAUCUCUUUAUAUGUGUUUGGUUUCAAAUACAAGCACCAAAUUUUCCGGCCCUCAAAUUUUAGGAUGGGAUAAUCCAAGUAUUCUUGAACAAUCACUGGAUGGAGUUGAGUUUCGACCUUUUUUUAUAACAGUGAACAAAUAUCGCAUUUAUAUUAUAGCUUUGGAUUCAAAUGAUACUGAAAAUGACAUUGCCAGAAUUGGAUAUACCGCAUCAUUUAUUGGAAACUAUAUUAGAGAGCAAGUUAUCUAUAUACAACGCAUUGAUAUAGAUGGAUGUUAUAUCGAAAUCUAUCAAAAUGAAAUAAUGAAAGAACAUUACAUUGAAUCUACACCGAAUUCAGUUUGGAUAUUAUCAAAAAAAUUCAAAAAAUAUCGUGGCACUCAACUUUUUGGAUUAGAGCAUCCAUUAAUACAUCAGACAUUAGCCAAACACCAAACACCAAAAUGUGAUAUAACACUUUGGAAAAACAAAGACAUUAUGAACUAUCUUUACAAGUAUCACCUUUUCACCAAACUAUUACAAAUAUUGAAUGAACAUGAACUUCGAGCUUGGCAAGCAAUGCUCAAAGCAACUGGUUGUAUAAACAUUACACCAUUUGCCAAGAAAGAAUCUAAGAUCAGAGUACCUUAG